UGCUAGGCUGAGGCGGGCAGGGCGUCAGACUUAGUCCGCUCCUGGUUCGGCCAUAGCGGAAGUGCGGAUCCGAGCGGCUCUCAGGUGCGCCGAGCUGCAGCGAGAGCGAGAUGGAGGUGAACCAGGCGGCGUCUGGCACCGACGGUGUCCGCGAGCGGGGAGGCUCGGACCGAGCUGAAAGGUGGGAGCAGAACCGAGAUGAGCGGCGUCAGUCCGGGACGAACGGGCUCCCGAAACACUCCUACUGGCUGGAUCUCUGGCUCUUCCUCCUUUUCGACCUGGUGUUGUUCAUCUUCGUGUACCUCUUGCCCUGACUGCUUUGCCGAGAUGUCAAGAGUGUGUGGCUUCUGGGGUGAAUCCUGAAUACUACAGACUUCUUGAAUAAAGAGGAUUUCCAGCAGCUGAAUUCCAGACCUCUAACCUCUCCUUAAGCCCUGACCUCCUUAAAAUAGCAUCAUGUAUUUCAAGCCUGUUUUUAGUGCUUGAAUUAAUAUUAUUGUAGCUAAAUGAUAUAUGUAUAUAUAAUAUAUUUUUAAUAAUGCUUGCAACUUAAGUACUUAAGGGAAAUGUAUGUGGAAUUUACUCACCAUGAGGUAUUGGGCCCCUCACUAUUAACCAAGACACAGCGGUCAACAAGAGAAAAAAAAAUCCCUUUGUGACACUCACUAUGUUGAAUAUUGUUUUAAAAUAUGCUAUUUUAAAAUAUUUAUCGUCUGUGGUUUGGUAGGUAGCAUUUACUCAGAAACAACAGUCCCAAAGCAGCCACUAUAAGUACUUUGGAAGCUGUUCUUUUUCAUCCUAAGAUAUGGGUAAUUAGAAAUUGGUUACUGUUGGUUUUAAUGCUGUUCAGUAUGAGAAAAGCCUAAAAUAUAGGGAGGCUUCUCCCUUAUAAUUCAUAUUUGGUAAAUUGUUAACAGCUAUGUCUUUAGGAUAUUGUUGCAUUUGCCUGAAUAAUUUUUUGUAAUUAUAAUUUAUAAUUGAAGCAUUUGUAUCAGAACACAGGACUGGGAGGACACGAGUAUACCAGACUGUGUGACCCGAUUUGUACUGAGUACUAAUUUUCUCUAAUAAAUGUUUAGUUAUACUGCUGAA